AUGGCGACGCCCACGACGCUCGCGGAGCUGGCGCCGUUCUGGCGCGCCGACGACAACGAGGGCGUGAGCCUCGAGAGCGUGUCGAAGGAGAUCGCCGCCUACAAGCCCGGGGGCACCUUCGCCGAGGACUACGCGGCCUUCGUGCAGCUCCUCCAGGUCGUCGCGCACCCCAAGGUCGGGGCCGUGGCCAUCGCCAAGCCCGGCGACAAGGCCGAGGGCGACGAGGGCGAGGAGAAGGCCGAGAACUCGCGCGUCGGCGUCCGCAACCACGUCGUCGACCUCGUCUUCUACAACUGCGGCAUGGGCCUCGAGGCCGUCGAGCUCCUCGCGGCGACGGUGCCCCGGUGCCUCACGCUCGAGAAGGCGACG